GUUAUAUUUGAAGUUUGAAUUUCAAUCUUCAAUUUAUUAAUUGAAAUACAUAACAUAUAAAUUAAUACAUUCUAUUUGAGUAGACUAUUAUAUCCGUCACUAUUUUAUAAAUAAAAUAGGGGAUCUAUGUAAUAGGCAUGUGGCGGCCAACCUUGACGAUUUUCCGUAAGGUAAUCUUACCUUCACUGAAAGAAAACACAUUUUCCAAAGUUUUAUAUUCAACCAAAUCCAAGCUCCCUAAAUCAACAGCAAAGUUAACGUUGGUGAGCGCUAGUGUUGGAAUAUUAAUAGGUGCCGGCUAUGGAGGUUACACACAUUACAAAGUAAAUGUCAAAAAAAGAAAUAAUGUCAUUGAAUCUGAUGAAUAUGCCUUUUUAAAAGAAGCACCAGAAUACAAAGCUCAUUACAAGGUUUUGAAUGAUACAGACUCUAGCAACUUACAACUUAUUUUGUUUCAAUAUCGUACAUGCCCAUUUUGUUGCAAAGUAAGAGCAUAUUUGGAUGCUAAAGGAAUCAGCUAUGAAGUUGUUGAAGUUGAUGCUGUUCUGCGACAAGCAAUUAAAUGGUCAGGUUAUAAGAAAGUGCCUAUUUUAUUAGCAAAAUUAGAAGAUGGUUAUCAGCAAUUACUUGAUAGUACUGCAAUUAUAUCUGUCCUUGAAACAUAUCUCCGGGAUAAACCAAUGCCGUUAAGAGACAUAAUCAAAUAUUAUCCUGCAACCCGGUAUACCAAUGAUUCUGGAAAAGAAGUUACAGAUAUAACCAAUAAAUAUUUUGUUAUGUUAAAUAGUGCAACAAGUGAAAAAAAGAAAAUGAUUGAAAUGGAAGAGCGGGACUGGAGGAAAUGGGCAGAUUCUGUAUUGGUUCACACAUUGUCUCCUAAUGUCUACCGAACCACUGAAGAAGCUAUUGAGACAUUUAAAUGGUUUGAAGUUGUUGGUGGUUGGAGGGAAUCUUUCCCAGCUUGGGAAGUUGCACUUAUGGUGUAUGGUGGUGCAGCUGCCAUGUGGAUGAUUUCAAAGAGGCUUAAAAAGAGACAUAACAUUAAAGAUGACGAGCGUCAAUCAUUAUAUGAUGCAGCCAAUGAUUGGAUGUCGGCAAUUCAAAAGAAAGGCACUGUUUAUCUUGGUGGUGAUACACCUAAUUUGGCAGAUAUAAGUGUAUUUGGUGUACUGUGUAGUAUUGAGGGAUGUCGAGCUUUCGCAGACUUAAGGCAAAACACAACAAUUGGUAAUUGGUUUGAUAAUAUGAAGAAACACUUGGAGACCACUAAAGGGAGGGUUAUACCUCUUUAAUAAAAUAUUUUAUGGCACAUAAUGUUCUAUGGACAUUCAUAGAGUCCUCAAAUAUGUUUUCCAUCUUAAAUACAGCUAUUAUAAUCAAUUUGAUUUGUCCAGAAUAAAUAUACCAUUGUAAAUGUUGAACUUAUGUGCAUUACACAAUCAAUUAAAUACUUGUGAUAAGGGAUCCACCUGGGUCGGCGCUUGGGUCAUGAUGUGGCCAGUUUUCAUUUCUUUUUCCAUCAUCAUUAUUUUAAGAGAUAUCUCUACGUGUGCAUGGGUGCACUAUACAGAAAAAAAAUCAUACAGUAAUUGUGUGAAUCAUUUAAGUUAUCAUGAAAACAAAAAAGCCUUAUGAAUAAUGGACUUUUAAACAUCUAUUCUUGAGAUUGAGCACUAUGGCUAUUUAGUAUUAUAUUUAUAAUUAAUGUAUAGUUCUAGUUUCAAGUUCGCGAGCCUUGUAUAAGAAAGCGAGCAUGUAGUGUAUAUUUCAUAAAAUUAAACCAUAAGCAUGUUCAGUUGAGUUCAGAUAAAAAAUAUUUGUUAAAGAAAUUAAGUUUUUGGGGUACACAAUGAGUUGUAUUUCUGUCUACAUACCUUGAUUAUAACCUACAUAUGUACAUUAGAUGUAGUUAAAUGAAUAAAUGUAAAUUUGUAA